AUGGCUUCCCGUUUGGAUACAUUUUUCCUCAGCAGGAUAGAAUCACAACGUAGAAUCGGGGUAUCAUCCAAUUGCAACACAAUCGAAGUGAAUCGGAAGGUGUAUGAGUUUAUUGCAGAGGAUAUCUCGCAUUAUCGAAAGACUGAAGUUUACAGAAUGGUGGAAGAGGUUGGACAGCAACUGAGGAUUGCGGGUUAUGAUGGAGAUGGAUUGGAUUUGCAUAGUGAAAAGUUGGCGAUUGUUUUUGGGUUUUUGUCGACUAAUCCUGGAUUGACAAUAAGAGUUGCGAAGAAUCUGGAUGUUUGUUCUUUCAAACCAACUUUCACUUUCAUUUAUGUCAAUUGGAACUUCAAUUUGUGGGACAUUUCUGGAAUGAUUCAAUAA